CGACUUGUUGCUUUCUCUUGGGAUGAAAGUGUCGCAGCAGGAUGAGACAAAAUCUCACCGAAUCUGUCAGAAAUGCUACAGGCAGUUACUCAGAGUGCGGGAGUCUGUAAACGUUUUGGAGCAGUGGCGAAGGAACGAGGGCGAGCUCGAAACUACACAACAACAAACUCCGAAGCCGUCAAACAAACGUGACCGAGAACCGACCCCGUCAAAAACUCCCAGGGACCCGAAGAAGCGGUUGUUGCGGACACCACAGAAGGCAUCGACCCCACAACCUGCCAAGAGAUCCCUGAGUCAGGUCCCGGCCCGUCGCAGUGUCACAAAGGUCUCCGUAACCUAUCCCUCAAGACCAGAACGCCCAGACAACAUCACGUGUGAUGAUGCAGUUGCAGGUAUCGUGGAAAAUCUGGCAAGGGGGCAAUGGAAGACAGCUGCCAGGAUGAUCUUCACAUGCGAAAACCUGGCAGCAGAAAUCAAGUCCCAAACACUACAUCAAAUUGAAACAGAGUGCAAACAGCUCACAGCAAAGUCCAACGAUUUCAUCCUCUGGAAAAAAACAUCUCAUGACUUGGAGAACUUCUCGUUCACACAACUGUAUGAUGACCUGGGCCGCCUGUCACCACUUCUCCAAUCAAUCCUCCAGACUGUCAGCCAGUCCAAAAAUCACACAUGCGCGAGUGCAUCAGUGGCACUCAGAGGACGGGAACCUCGCUUGUCUGCCUUUUCCUACUACAUUGAUGCUGUUCUGCAGUAUGGGGGGGCAAAGAAGGCAGUCUACACACGUCUUAGCAAGCUGGGGAUAUCAACGACACAGGGGAAUGGGAGACUAAAGCAACAGGAGAUGGCAAAGGAAUGUGGAAAGGGAAUCCGUUCCUUGAAGAGGCAGAUGGAGGAGUACAAGGAGAGGCAAGCACAGGCAGAGAAAGAAAUGGCGGUGGACACAGGAGACACACGAGGCAGGGAAGAGGAAACACACAUGCAGACAGGUGCAGCCAUGCCAAGUCCGAGCACAGAAACACCUGUGCCAGGAGACACACGAGGCAGGGAAGAGGAAACACACAUGCAGACAUGUGCAGCCAUGCCAAGUCCGAGCACAGAAACACCUGUGCCAAUGUCACACCUAAACCUUUCAGAGAGUGACUUGCAUGACCUAGAGGUGGACUUUAUAGAAAGAGUUACUCUAAACGAUGCAGAUGACGCCCCUCCAACAGAACCCACGUGCAACGAUCCACCACCUCCACCAACAUACAGUAUCAUAUUUGACAAUCUAGACUUUUACGUACACACACACCAUCAGUCCCAGUCAAACAAAAACAAGUCCAUCCACUGGUCCCACCAUAUUGGAGUACCAGAUCGUGUAUCAUCUCAUCACCUACCAAAUGACGCACCCAUCCAGCCAUUACCCUUGUUCGACAUAGCCAACUCACUUCCAUCACCCAACACACAAGCCUGCCUCAGAUCAGAAUUCAUCAUCAUCGGAAGCCGUAUCCUGACCAGACAUGUCCCAGCAUUCCGCCGCUUUUCUCCUGUCAUCAUCAACCACAUUCCCCACCAAUACUCCGACGUCAUGUCUCAACCAUCGACUGAGUUUCCUCUUGGCCUCCUCUUCAAGAAUGAAAACGUCAGAGGUGACCUUGUGGAUAUGCUCCAGUACAUGCAGAGAGAGUAUGUUCCCAGAACGCAGAAUGGAGUGGACAGCAUAUUCGUUGGCGGUGACCGUCUGACAGAGGGCAAUAGCAGAAAUGCCCAGUGGUCGUUUGCGGAGGGGGAAUGUCCUGAAGAAAGGCUGGAGGGGCUGUUGUUCCAGUUCUUAGAUUGGCACGCCAUUGUGAAUCUGUACCAGGUACACGAGAAGAUAUUCUGCAGGAAGAAGUCAGCACGUGACCAUGGGACACUGUAUGCGAACAUGAACAAACUAGGAUGCAGCAAUGCUAAAAAAGGGCCCCAUGCAGCAUACAAUCCAUACAAAGAGGUGGUACACAAGGACACCUGCGCCAUGUUCAUCGAAGCGACUUCAAACUACUUUGGCACAGACAUUCUGAAAGAUGGAGACUUCAUCCCCCAAGAGAUCCAGAAUGGAACCAAGGAAGAGCAACGAACCUGGCUUCACGAAAAGGUUGGCCACGUUGUUGACACAUACGUCAUGAACCAGGAUGCACAGAACCUGACCAACUUGUACAUUGGCGUCAAUGAAGAGUCGAGACCACAACGGAGGGAAAAGCCCUGUCGGGAGCCUGGCUGCCCACGUGUCUUUGUGUACCCAAAGGCCAGGAUCACACAUGAGAGAAAGGAACAUGGCCUGGACUUUGGUGAACCAGACCACAAGGAAGAGCUCACAGCUAAGCCACCUCCCUGUGACUACAAAAAACAGCACACGGAGGCAAGGCUUAGCUUUGGGCUCUUCCUUGAAGACAUGCAGGAUGCUGUAAAAGAAGGUGAUGGGGAAAGGCUGAUGAGGCUAUAUACAGUGGCCUUGCUCUAUUAUAAGGCAUAUGGGCACACCCAGUAUUCCUAUAGUGUUCUGCUACUGACGGUUCAGAUCAAUUCAAUACUGUCCCCACAAAAGGCACACAGCCUAACCUGGAAUAGGUUCUACAACGGGAAGGGAGGGAAGGGGAGGAAUAUUCCCCUGGACCUCCACCUAGAACACCUGAAUAACUUUUUGAAGUCCUUUCUGAAAGGGUUGGGACCAAAUCUCACGGAGAGAAGUGCCGACAGAAUCAGCAAGUCUCUGGGUACUUUGAAAACCCUGCUGAAGAGGACUGAUGAAGAACUCGGUGUGGCAAGCCCCUCUGGUUACCACCACAGUGCAAACCCAACUCAAGAUGUGCAUACACUUGUGGAGGUGAUCAGGGAGGCAGAUCUCUUCAGUCACUAUCCAGGCAGGGCAUUUACUGCUUUUCCCAACUUCGACAGAAACCUUUUCGCACCACUGAAAUAUGACAAAAUGUGGGAGUGGAUUAAAAACAGUCUGAAGCUCUGGAAUAAUAAGUAUCCAUAG